AUGUGCUCGACCUUCACUCUGACGAGUGUCAAGGUGGGCCACUCACCCGUCAAGCGAAAUCGAGGUGAAGAUGGGGGCCAUGAACAACUGGCAAAUGCCCAUUCGUGCGAUGGAAUGAAUGGGGAUUCAUACCUGUGUGCGGCUGCAGGGAAAACUGGCGAGAAUAAUGGAAGCGUUUGGUCUUUGCCAAAUGCGGGUCUUGUACAUAUGCCUGGUGGUGGCUGUUUGGUAGCAUUGCUUGCAGCAGGGCAGUGCUCGGUUAGCUGCUGGGCCAGUGUCGCCAUGCCCAUUGCCAGCCAUUGUCGCCGCCCUCAGCUGAACUCCAACCAGAUUCAAGUGUUGGGAUGGGAUUGUUCAAACAUGAUCCUUAUUAUUUAUAUGAUGGGCCCCGACUGGGCAAGGGGACCCCCAUUUCUUUGCGAGCCAGGGUGA